AACUUUGCCACUAGAGCAAAGCCUCAGUGGCUAUUUAACUACUACUUUCUUUUUUACAUUUCAAAUAAUUCGACCAAAUAGAGUAUUAUGAUAUUCGAAUUAUGAUCUCUUGAUGAGAUUAUCAAUUACAUUUAUUGAAUCAUCAAAAACAACUUAUUUAUAAAUUUCAUAGUAAGAAAUUCAAAUUCAAAUACUACUUGAUUCUAAGGUUUCACCCCUAGUUUCAGAUUAACCAAAUACGAGUAUAAUUUUUUUUUUCUAUAUAUCUCAAGAUCCUAUGAAGGCACUAAAUGCAACAUGAACGUUACAGAAACAUUACAUAGUUACGUUCACCAAUUCGUGUACAUCAUUUGAAUCCAGAGACACACAUACAAUUAAUAUUAUAUCAAAUUCAAUGUAUCUCUUUUCCAAAAUUCAUCCCAUCUAUUCCACCUGUAAUAAAUAAGAUUAAACACAACUAUUCACAUUCUUAAUCUGCAGAUUAAUUUCAUCGCUAUUUAAACAUUUUCCAACUACAAACACUCGUAUUCCUACAAUUUUGCACAACCACUGCAAUUUAAAAAAUCUAAGAAAACGAAAAAGUAGAAGAAAAAAUGGAAGCCAAAGCCGACAGCAGCAGAGGUAAGUACGAGGAUUAUGAAGACGACACAUUUUACCUAGAACUGGAACGGCAGAUUGUUCGAUUAAUCGACGACGUCAACUCCGACGAACUCAAGCCGUGCAAAUCUAAUGCAGCAGCAUCCAAGGAUUCGAAUGUGACAACUGAUGAGACUAGAUUAUUGCACGGCAAAAGCUACUACGAUUGGUCGGUGUGCCGGAACGCCGUCAAAACGCAGGCGCCGGCGUAUACUCCGGCUGCCAACGUCGGAACUGGAGUUUUCAUACCACAACAUCACGGCGCCAAGUUUGAAUUCCGCGGUUGCAAGAAAUAAUAAUCUUUUUUCGGUUUUCUUCUUCAUUUGUUAUUGAUGGCACCGAUUUAUUUAUUGUAAUUAAUAAAUAUCCAAAAUUAUUUCAUGCUUAUACUCCAUUUUUCAUAUAAUCAAUGUUUUUUAGACCUUUUUUUGUAGAGAUGUUUUGUUAGACCUUAAAAAGAGAGGGAUUUUUAUCUAAAAAAAAAAAGAGGGUUAAUUGAAAGAAGCGGUUAGUUAACGAACCGCCAACUGCCAAUAUUACGAACGGUUGCCUUUUGAAACUUCAAAUCCUCUCCGAUAUAUAGCGCCGUAAUCCUUUUCCUUACCUAAGUAGAAAUUGAAGAUGAGUGCGUCGUAUAGGCCGCCGUCAGCCCCGCCGGAGCCUUCGAGAGAGGCGGAGCCAGCCACCGGCGCUCCACCACCUCGCAGCGCUUCGAGUUUGAGCCAUCACGCUCCUGUCCCGUGGUCGACUGGUCUCUGUGAUUGUUGCGACGAUGUUAGCAUUUGUUGUCUAACAUGCUGUUGCCCGUGCGUGACAUUCGGUCGGAUUGCAGAAAUUGUGGACAGAGGGUCAACAUCGUGUGGAAUGAGUGGAGCAUUAUACUGGAUGAUAUGUUGCGUGAGUGGUUGCUCUUGUUUACACUCGUGUUUCUAUCGAUCAAAAUUGAGGGGCCAAUAUUUUCUAGAAGAGCAACCUUGUACCGAUUGCUGCGUGCAUUGCUGUUGUGAAACAUGUUCCUUGUGCCAAGAAUAUAGAGAACUCCAAAAUCGAGGACUCGACUUAUCUAUAGGAUGGCAUGGAAAUUUGGAGAGGCAGAAACGAAAGGCGGCGGCGGCGGAUAUUGCUCCACCACUUCAACAAGGCAUGAAUAAGCCUUGGACAAGCGAUCGCAUCUCUACACUCUAGAUUAUUACAAGUAUUUUUUAAUUAUCAUUAUCUUGACUAUACUAUAUAUGUGCGUGUGAUCAAAUUGUAAGUGUAAGACUUUGAUUUUAUUCCAACUUUAAUUUAAAUUCAA